AAAUUUGAAAUGGCUGAAGGGUUGGUGACGGCUGAUGGCUUGGGGACUACGGAGCUGGGCCCAGAGCCCGGUACGCCCGAGGUGCCUGCGGACCAGCAGCAAGACUUAUUCCAAGAUGAAGAUACAUCCAGUGAUUAUGGCAGUCAUGAUAAGCCAGGGACCAUUUUGCAGAGGUUUGUGCCAGAAGGGAAUGUACCUUUUCCAGACAUCUUCCAAACAAAUCAGCUUUUGUUCUAUGAGCGAUUCAGAGCCUAUCAAGAUUAUAUCCUAGCUGACUGCAAGGCUUCCGAGGUACGGGAAUUCACAGCUGAGUACUUGGAGAAGGUCCUUGAACCAUCUGGAUGGCAGGCAAUCUGGCGCACUAAUGUGUUCGAGGUGCUGGUUGAGGUCACAAAUGUGGAUUUUUCCUCUCUGAAAGCAGAGGUGAAGCUUACUCACCCUUACCUUUGUGAAUCUCGGGUUAGUACCUUUACACUGGAAUGCAUGAAAGAACUGCUGGAACUGAAAGAAAACCUGCUACCUCUUCAAGAACUGUGGGUGGUGUUUGAUGGUUCAGGCGAGUUUGACCAGACAGCACUUGCAAUUGAACAUGUCAGGUUUUUCUACCAGAAUAUUUGGAGGAGUUGGGAUGAAGAGGAGGAAGAUGAAUAUGAUUAUUUUGUCAGAUGUGUUGAACCUCGAUUGCGUUUGCAUUAUGACAUACUUGAAGAACGGGUCCCUUCAGGGCUCAUUGUUGACUACCACAAUCUACUGUCUCAGUGUGAAGAAAUUUAUAGGAAGUUUUUAAAUCUGAGGAGCAGUAUAUCAAAUGGUGACUCUGACACUGAGUUGGAAAAUGUUUCCAUGGCAGAAGGGUUAAGGCUGUAUUCUGAAAUAGAACAGCUGAAACAGAAGUUAAAACUCAUUGAGAACCCUCUUCUAAGAUACGUGUUUGGUUAUCAGAAGCACACUGGCAUUCAAGCAAAAGGAGUUCGUCCCACUGGUAGAAAGAUAACCCAUGUUGUAUCAACUUCCAUGAUGGCUAGUCUGCUGCAUUCUCUGCUCAGGGACAAGCUUUAUCUGGAGUCUCAUGAAGAAAUGGAAAUUCAGUUUCAUAAUGACCCACUGUCAGCUAUAAAUGCUUGCUAUGAAGGGGACACUGUCAUUAUUUGUCCUGGUCAUUAUGUGGUAAAUGGCAUGUUCUCCAUUGCUGACUCCAUUGAAUUAGAAGGAUAUGGUCUGCCAGAUGACAUUGUGAUAGAAAAGAGGGGAAAAGGAGACAAUUUUGUAGAUUGUACAGGUGCUAAUGUUAAAAUAGCAAAUGUGAAAUUUGUUCAGCAUGAUGCUGUGGAAGGAAUCUUGAGCAUUCACCGUGGCAAGACCACAUUGGAAAACUGUGUGUUGCAAUGCGAGACUACAGGAGUAACAGUUCGAACAUCAGCAGAAUUACUAAUGAAAAAUUCUGACUUAUAUGGGGCCAAGGGUGCAGGUAUAGAAAUAUAUCCAGGGAGUAAAUGUACUUUGAGUGACAAUGGGAUACAUCAUUGCAAGGAAGGCAUACUAAUUAAGGACUUCUUAGAUGAGCAUUAUGACAUUCCCAAAAUUACCAUGGUGAAUAAUGUCAUACAUAAUAAUGAAGGCUAUGGUGUUGUCUUGGUGAAACCCCAAAUUUUUUCUGACCUGCAAGAAAAUGCUCAAGAUGGAUCUGAAGGAAAUAAAAUACUUAAAGUUCCGACAAAUGAAGAAGAAGGUGCAGUGGAGAAGGUGGGACAAGAAGAGCCAAUGCAGUAUGCAUCUGGUGAAUUGGGGCUGUAUGCAAGACUUGACCUUUGUGAGCAAGCUGAACAAAUAGAAGGCAAUUGUGAAAUUGUCAAUGAACUGGUGGCUGCUUCCACGAGGAAGGGCCAAAUGAAAAAGAAAAGAUUAAGUGGCCUGGGCAUCACCGAAGCUGAUGAUAACCUAAUGUCCCAGGAGGUGUUUGUUUCUAUUGUGGGCAAUCAGUUCAAAUGGAAUGGGAAAGGACGUUUUGGUACUUUUCUUUUCUGAUGGAAAUUGAUGCUUAAAAAUGUUGGAUUUGCACAUGCUACUGUAGUAAUCACUGCUGUUCUCAUAGGUAGCUUGCUUCAUGCCUGGUAUUUUGUAUUUGUUAUUCCUUUUGUAUUUGAAUGAACGCAACAGUAUUUAUUCUUAUCUGCAAAUGUUGCACAGAAAUUAUUCUCCUUUUAUAAGAAAGGUGAAAAAUAAAGAGUUUUUAAAAUGAGCCUUGGUAGGAAGUGGAGUUGGGGCAGGGAUCACUUGCCCAGAAACUCUGCUUUCCUUGUAUUGUAAUUGACUUUUAUUGAGUACAUUAUGUAAGUGGGUAGUGUAUAACACUUUAAAUCUAGCUAUUGAGGGAGGGGACUGGAAACAAGGGGCAUGACCAAUAGAGCAAUAGGAGAUUUCUUAUCCUUUUUAUUUCUCAAUCCUGAUUGUGGAUCUGAUUUCUGUGCGGUAGGUUGCUUAUAGGCUAUGUUAUAUAGUAAAAGCUUUUAUGAUUAGGAAGUUGCCUACCCUAAUCAAACUCAUUUUUGUAAGAAUGAGUAGGAUUGGGGCAGCUAGGUGGUGCAGUGGAUAAAGCACUGGCCUUGAAUUCAGGAGGACCUGAGUUCAAAUCCAG